AAUUAACCCCCAUAAAAAUGCUUCCCCCUUGAACGGUUAAAUCGCGGCUGCCAAUCUCUUCGUGUCCAUCUUCUUCUUCUUCUUCUCAUCCGAAGUAGAGCAAAAUGGAGGCACAAGAGCAAGAAGAACAGGAGCAAUUGGUGACUCCAUGGGAAGUAUCGGCCGAAAAGGGGGGCAAAAUUGACUACGACAAGCUUAUUGACAAGUUUGGCUGCCAACGCCUCGAUCAGUCGCUGGUCGACCGCGUUGCGGGCCUCACCGGCCGUUCGCCCCACGUGUUCCUCCGAAGAGGGGUAUUUUUUGCGCACAGAGAUUUCAGUGACAUUCUGGAUGCGUAUGAGAAGGGAAAGAAGUUUUAUUUGUACACUGGCCGGGGUCCAUCCUCCGAGGCCUUGCAUUUGGGUCACCUUGUGCCGUUCAUGUUCACCAAAUAUUUGCAAGAUGCAUUCAAGGUGCCGCUUGUAAUACAGUUGACGGAUGAUGAGAAGUGCAUGUGGAAGAAUUUGACAGUGGAGGAAAGCCAGAGGCUUGCUCGUGAGAAUGCUAAAGAUAUAAUUGCUUGUGGAUUUGACGUUUCGAGAACAUUUAUUUUCUCCGAUUUUGAUUAUGUUGGUGGGCAACUGGGUGACGAUCCUGACUCAAGACUCCGCUUAUACCUACCCCGGAGGCAUCACAUUCAACUUCAAAGACUUUGGAAAAGUCGGGAAGGAUCAGCAGAUACUCCUGUCGAAGAGACAAUGAAACCUAAAAAAACGACAGUAUCGGGUAGAGCAGACUUGUGUGAGGUGGUCAAGGUGUUGCUCCUUAGUCUUACUAUGGAUGAGGAGAUCAUCAAAGUAGACAACAAGAAACUUUCCCAUGAAAGGUCGGAGAGUUUGUGUCAUUACCCGCAUAAAGGUAGGUCCUCCGGAAAGAUGUCUCGAAACUCUUGGAGGAUCAACUGGAUUUCAAUAGGGCUCUCUAUUGUGGAGUGGGAUGGAACCUCCAUGACCACCAAAGCGAACACAACUGAGUCACCAACACGUACGGGAUACAGUAGCCAUCGAAACCGCAUUAAUGCAGCUGCCAUUAUUUACGAUAACUUUACAGCCCUUAUUAUUAAUCUUGAUGUAAGUGUGGAAGAUGGCAAGACAGCGUCAAUCAUCGGCAUCUCUAAGUUGGGGGUAGUAUUAGAAGGAGGAGGUUCGAGAAUAGACUUAGGGGAUGGAGUGGAUGCAGAAGAGGUCGCAGUACGGGAGUCACUACGAUUUCUGUACGGUGUCCUGGCCUUGCCUAAACCUACUCAAAGUCAUGACCUCAUCCUCAACGAUCUGACAUUUCAUUUGAAACUCAUCAAACUGAGCAACAUAUUCGGUCACAGGCCGACUACCUUGUGUUUGAUGUGGAUCCUUAAUGGAAAACUCUUCUAUGAUUGCAAAAUUACGAUUCAAACCUACUCUAAGAGAAAGCUCUGGAAUAAUUUCCGCACAAUGUUCAGCAUCCUUCUAGAGUCAUCCCAUGCUCUGUUCCAUGUCUUGCUUUUGUCGCUCUUUCAACUUCCUGCUGCUGGUACUUCAUCACCCAACCCACGGCCUUUGUAUUGUGAACUCCUUGUGCAUUCUUGGGUGCAAUCUUCGGCUGCUCUGGUGUGUCUUCACCUGGUUGACGCAUGGCUACAAAUGUACUUUCAGGCUGCUCCAUCCUUUCCAAGUUCAUUUCCGCAUCUCUUCUCUGUUAAAGAUGAUCUUCGCUGCUUGAUUCCUUGUGCGAUCGACCAGGAUCCUUACUUCCGAAUGACGCGAGAUGUUGCUCCUAGAAUAGGUUAUCACAAGCCUGCUCUGAUCGAGUCAUCAUUCUUCCCGGCACUUCAGGGAGAAACAGGGAAAAUGUCUGCCAGUGAUCCAAAUUCUGCUAUUUAUGUUACUGAUUCUGGGAAGGAUAUAAAGAACAAGAUAAACAAAUACGCAUUCUCUGGUGGCCAAGAUUCUAUAGAGAAUCACAGGAAGUAUGGAGCAAACCUUGAGGUAGACAUACCCAUUAAAUAUCUUGGUUUUUUCCUGGAAGAUGAUGCUGAACUUGAACACAUCAGAAAGGAAUAUGGUGCUGGCCGUAUGCUAACGGGUGAAGUGAAGAAGCGGCUUAUUGAAGUUCUAACCGAAAUGGUUGAAAGACAUUGUAGGGCUAGAGCUGCCGUUACAGACGAGAUGGUAGAUGUGUUCAUGGCAAUACGGCCACUUCCCAAUAUGUUCAACUAAAUUUGCGGCUACGAUAAAUCCGAAUGAUCAACGUGAAGAACACUUGAAACACACCAACCAUUUUUUUAUGCAACAUUUAUUGAUAUUUACCAGGCAAUUGUAUUUCAUGCACCCUUAAUUUCUAGAUCAGUACAGAAUAGAAGAAAAGAUAUGAAAAGAACAGAAUUUCCAUCAAUUUUUUGUCUGUCUGCUAUUAUAUUUUAACAGUGCUGCAGAAGAUGCUGUUCUUGACAUGCUUUAAAAGCAUUGAUUUGGACAGAAGAAUGUGUUCUCCUUUUAUGUGGCAUUUGGAUAUGCUGAAUAUGUCAUUAAACAAUGAAUAUCAAAGGGAAUCGCAUGUUAGAUAAUGUAA